CAUGUUCGGAAAUGCGCAUGCCUUUUCCUCUUUCAGGGUUUCCAACAGAUCAAGAAGAGAAGAAGAAGAGGAAGAAGAAGCUUUCCUCUCUCAAAAAAUAUACUUCAAUUCAUGUGUAUAUUAAAUGAGUUUGUUUCGGUCACUGCUUACAAAGAUCGGAAUUAAUCUCAAUAUACAUAUAAUUACUUGAUCAGCUUUGAAUGAAGCCAGUUACUGAAAUCAUCGAUAGAAUUGUUAGAGUAGAUGAUGAGUCUCAUAAAAUGAUGAGAAAUUCAAGAGAAAAACAAGAACACAAUCUCAUGAACAAGGACAACAACAAAGUUUUCACAACUGGUUCGAGAUCAUGGUCUUCACUCAAAGAUCCAAGAAUUGUUCGAGUUUCCCGUUUGUUCGGAGGCAAAGAUCGGCACAGCAAAGUCAGCACAGUGAGAGGAUUGAGAGACCGAAGAGUCCGCCUUUCGGUCUCGACAGCAAUUCAACUCUAUGAUCUUCAAGAUAGACUUGGCCUUAGCCAACCAAGCAAAGUUGUUGAUUGGUUGAUCAAUGCUGCUCAACAUGAAAUUGAUAAACUCCCUCCUCUCCAAAUGAUCCCUCCUCCAUCAACCUUCAUUCAUUUCCCCAAAGAUCAUCCCUCAAUCAAAAAUAAAGAUCAUCAUCAACAAACCGAAGAACAUUGCACAAUCGGUGAUGAAGUUAAGGCGGCGGAUCAAGUCAAAAACCAAAGUGUUCCCAAUAUUAAUCAUUCUUUAUCAAGCUUGCUUCAUAAUGCAAUCCCAUACUCUUCUUUUUAUCAUUAUGAUCCAUCAAUAGCUCAAGAUGAAGAAGAAGCUCUUAGAAACUCUCUUUUAUCUUCACCAUACACAACAAUGCCUUCUUCAUUGCUUCCAUCUUACAAUUCCAUCUCUCACUUCCAAAUGGAUAACUCUUCUUCAGAUGUUGUUUUACCAUCUUCUCUGUCUGACAUCUCUACUGUCAGAUACUUCCAUUGACACCGAUAUAUAAUCUUCGGUCAUCGGUAUUGUCUUAUGCUUGCAAAUAAGUGUUUUGUUACAAGAUUGCUACAUAAAAUAUCUCCUUAAGCUGCUUGUUUGAUUUUAUAUAUGUACAUUGUGGGAUUGUGUUUUUCUUUUUCUUUUUUUUUUUCUGAAGUUUGCAAUGACAUUAUUUCUUUGGAUGAAGAUAAAAUAGAGAGUUUAUAAGAUGAA